AUGUCAGAACAAAAUAUUCAUAACAACAUAUACUCUGAGGCGAACGCUAACAAUUUCUGGUUAACACGUCCUCCACCUCCUUUUAUGCCGCCCCCACCUAUUCAACCAAUGUAUAAUUUAGAUUAUAAAAUGCCUUUAAUUUCCCCACAUCUAUUUCCAUGUAAUAAACCAGCACAAAACUAUUAUAUGCCUUAUGAUGGAAAUAUUAGUAAUCAAUACUAUCAAGACCAAUAUGUGCCAUCUAAUCAGAAUAUAAGCAAUUCAUUUUCAUCUCUUCCGGACAAUAUUGAUGAAGAAUACAUCCUUCAAUAUGUUUGUCCUAUACCAAAACCUUUAAAAGAUGAUACUAGUAUUUGGAUUGAAAAGUGGUUAGCCAGCAAAGAAAAAGAUAUUACAAUUAAGAAUGUAAAAUCAACAAAUUUAAUAGAGAUUAACCAAAUCAGCAAUAAUGUAAAAGAAUGUAAACAAUUAUUAGAAAACAUGGGUAAGAAAAAAAAAAUGAUGGAACAGAAUGUAUCAACUAUGACAGAAGCUGAAUGGAUAAAAGCUUGUUCGGAUUUAAUCUCAGAUAAAAAACACAUAGAUACAAUAAUAACAACAUUACCUUUUGAUACUGAUUCAAUGUCUGAAUUAAAAUUUCGAUUAGCCAAAAGAAGAAAAAAAAGGGAAAGAUUAAGGAGAUUUAAAUCCAACCUAAAAAUUAUUAAAUCCCAACAAAAAGAUGAAAUAAGAGAAAUAAACAGAAAGAUUGAUGCUUGGCAAAAUACCUUAAAGGAAAAUAUAUUAAAAGAAAAAAGAGUUAACAAAACUAAAACCGAAGCUAACAUUGUCUUGAAAGGAGUUAGAGGAAAAAUUGAAGAUGCUAAAAAUCAGAUAUCAUUGUGUGAUAAUUUAGAAAAAUUAAGAAAAUAUAGACUUCAAAACUGUGUUAACAAAAGAAAAAAUCCACUUUUAGAAAAUUCCUUAAAUAAAUUAAAAAAACUUUGGCAGCAGAAAUUAACAGACUACAAUAAAGAAGAAGAAGAAUUGAAAAAUAUGCUUAUUGAAGCUGAAGCAAAAAAACAUGAAAAACGAGAAGUCGAAAUUCAAGAAAAGUUUGCAGAAUGGGAUCAAAUACUUUUUGGUCCAAAUUUUAAGUCUCAUGAAAUGGUGUUUGAUAAUCAUACAUUCCUUGAAAUACGGAGAGGCUGGGAUAAAUAUGUUGUCGAUGAAAAUGAAAUAUCAUCAUCUAGCAGUAUUCCUUUAGGUUGGAUUUUACCAUUAGUACCUUGUAAUACUGAUUGGGCUAAAUAUUCCAAUAAAGCUAAUAUAAUGUAA